UCUGUACUUAGCUUCCGUAGAGAGAGCACGCGAUAUUUGCCACACGGCGCGAGUCUGUCUUACGAUUAACUUUAAGAAAAGAAACAUAAAUUACUUUAACCAAAACUAAUUAGUGCUGUGUGAAGUGUUUCGUGAAAUUAUUUCAAGGUAAAUAUAUUUUGCCGGCGUUCUAUCACGUGGUAAACACGGCAUUCUGUCUGCGUAUCAUUUGUUACGUUUCCGAAACCAUUCUUCAAGUAUGACGUCAUGACAAUAAUACAUCACCAAUAGUGCGUGUCAAACAUAACCAUUAAGUGCUGAGUGAGAUAAAAAGAGAAAAUAAUGGAAGCCUUAGAAAGGAGAGGGAAGUUGGUAGCUGUUGCAGCAAUUGUAUUCAUCAUCUUUUGGUCACAAUGCAAAGGUGUCGAUGGACACAAGAACUACACGAGGAUGUCUUACGUAUGUCCCCCAGACUUCAUCAGGCUGGGGCACAGCUGCUACUUCUUCAGUGACAACAAGGCCACGUGGCAGACUGCGCUCUUCGCUUGUAAGGAUCGUUCCAGCAAUCUCUCCGUACCAGCACGAUGGGAGGACAGGAAUCUGAGGAACUAUCUCAACAGUCCCAAAGUUGAGAAAGCGAGUCGAUGGAUUGGCGGUAUAUAUGACUACGGAGCUAAGUCGUGGAAAUGGGGAGGUGAGCUUCGCCUGAUGCGGUACCAGUCCUUCUCCAAGAUGAAGAAACUCACGCCAGAGGAGCUGCAGUGGCACUGUAUAGCCAUGUCUCCCGAACUUCUGUACAGAUGGACGCCUCGGAGUUGUUUCGAACCACGCCAAUAUAUAUGUCAAACGAAAUUAGAGAAAGUUCCAAAGUCCAAGUUGAAAGAAGUCCGUCUUCGAUAUCAGACAAUGGGCAAAAUUAACGAGAUAACAGCGCCAUCUGUGAGCACAGAAGUAGACGACCCGAGGAAUAACGAAGUGACCAGCAACCCGGUAGCCAAUCCGAAGUCGUACGACCUCCGUCCCAGCCCUCUGCGUAGAGUCAAGCGUCCUCAUCGCAAUGAGACAAGAUCCUAUGGCGUGAAACCUAGCGAGUUGAGGAGAAGAUCGCGUCCAACCGUAGAAAGAAGAUUGAAGAAGCCAUUCCCAGGGUAUCGUUGGAAUAGGCGCGAUCCUGAAGGCUCCUACAGAUACAACGUUGAAUUACUCAACUCGGGCCGGACAGGUCUGAGCCCUCAACAGGUCAAAUACCAUCUCUCCCGAGUGAAGCGUAUUCGUAACAAACAGUUGGCGAGACGUCGCCGGCUCCGGGAGAACGAGGACUGGCUGGUGAACGACCCACCGGCUAUUGUCCAGACCCACGUCAGGACCUACACUGUAGACAAUAACAUCAGUGCCCUCCAUCCAAAGACGAUAGUCGAAGAGUUCGAUAUGAUGGCACCGCCGGCUCCUAUGGUAUUGCCGAGACCGGCGCGAAAUAUCUGGUAGCGACAGAUCUUUUCUAGAAGCUUCCUGAUCGUUCCGCACUCACUUCGCGGCUCCAGUGUUUUAUAUACUCGCUAAUUUCUUCUUGUAAUUUGUUAGUCGUAGGAUUUUGAAUAUUAUAAAUUAGAUGGCCCAGAGAACUUAUUGAAGAUAAAUACAAAGAAUUAAAUAUUUUAAAUUCAAGUACGGGAUAUUUGACAAACACGUACCAUACAUAUAUUUUAGUCAAUAAUUAAAGUCUUAAAUGUUUAAUAGCCAAUUCAAAGCAGUGCAGUCCAUGUGAAUGAUUCCAUUCAAACUUUCUAACUUAUAAUAUUAGUUUUAAGUCUUUUGCUAAGUCUCACAAGACUUCUUUAUGCUUAAUUACUUCCAAUAUUUAAGUAAGUGUAAGUACCUGAAAUACACUAUAAUAUUACAGUUACCGUUGUGUCAACAUUGCUUAAUGGAUAAUAUUGUGAUGGUAUUAAAACGAAGUAUUGUGGGUUCCUUAGUUCUUCUUCUCUCUCUAUGCUAGAGUAGAUAGAACAACGACUGUUGAAUGUGUGCUAAUACUACUCGUAUAAAUAUUACUUGCAAGUUUAUUAUAAGUACAUCGAUUAUUGUUUAAAACGACUCUUCUCGACGUUCUCCGACAUUGUAUUCAACUUAGAUUAAAGAUUGGUCUCCACUGCGCUCCAACUAGAAACCACAGGCGUAGUCGCAAAGUGCGGCAACUAAUACUUCGCCUAAGUGGGCGUACUCGAGCCAGUCUCGAACAAUGUAUCCCGUUGACGUGCCACAUGUUCUGUUAGACUUUGCUAAUAAUUGAUACUAAAAUGCCAGGUUGCGUAGUAAAACUUUUUAAAAAGAAAUAAGAAAGACACUAGAAUCACACAUCAUCAGUAAGUAUCUUGUAUUUUAUUAAUUUCAAUUUAAAAUAACACGAAACGUACGUUACAAAAUUUGAAAGAUGCCAUUGAGUGUCAAGAUGCCACGCACACAAGCAUCUAAUAGUUGCCGUAAUAAAAAGCUAUGUGUUCUUAGGUAGUGUGGUAUCUAGAUUUAGCGCAGCAUAGACCAAUCCUUAAUCAACGUAUUCUAAUUAUAAAAUAAUUAAAUUGUGUGAACUAAGUCUUAGGAUGGAAUGACGAUAGUUUAUUGUAACGUAAUAAAUAUUUGCCACCUAGUUAAUGUAUCCAUAUUUGUGUUAAGUAUAAUAUAUCCUGUUGCGCAUUUCUUCGUUGGCAACACUAUGUAGUGUAACAACCUAGUCAAUAAGAUAACUGCUAAUGAAAAGUAAUACAUCGCUGCUUACUAACAAUAAUAAGUAUUGCAGUUAAGCUAAAAGGAGCAUUGCACUGCAUUACUAUUUUUAUUUGUAUAUUUCCAUGCAAUUGAUUUCGGUUUGAUUAACUUAUGAAAGACAAUGGUUGCAUAAUAUAGAUAUUGCGGGCAAUACUCCUUGAUAUAACUUUAUAGGGUCGAUUUUCGAAAGACUAAAAUACUCUUUGUAAUAUUCUUCGUUGUCUAAUAUUAUUCAAUAAUUGUUAGUUUAUUCCAACUACACAAAUAAAGAGAUGGAAGUUUAUUGAAACCCUGUUGUUACAGAAGGUACAAGGAAACUUUGAAUAAUUUUUGUCAUUAAUUGAAGGCAUUGUAAAUUAACGGGAAAACGAAAGGUUUUUAUGAUUGUAUUUAGUCUGAAUACGAAGAUCAGGAUUCUCAACGAGAUACGACCCUAUAUUAUGUAAAGUAUGACGUUAAAAUAUUAUUUUUGAACUAACUUUCCCUUAGCUUAGUAUAAGGCUUUUUUUUUUAGUUUUAGCAUGAAAUUGAGUCGUACAUUAUAUUGGCAUUUCUAAAAUAUAGUUAUUACUUAGCAUUGUAUCCUUAAUACUAAACGUUCCAAUUUAUCUACUUAUAAAUAAUUGUAAUAUAGUGCCAAUAUAGUUCUUGCAUUUAUAUUUAUCAUUACGAAUAUUCGAUUACCUAAUGCACUUUAGGCUUAAAUGUACGGAGCACGCGAAACAAUUGAGUGAAGCCAUUUUAAGAAUUUUUUGAACGAGAAUGAUUUGUAGAAUUCUCUCAGUUUAUCAAUAAUGUUAAAGUGAUUGAUAUCAUUAUUAUGAAUGACCAAUAGAACACAUUAAAAUCAGCAAUAUGUCAAAACAUUCACCCGCAAGAUUCUUCCUUCUUGGUUUUUAACCGUAGAUCAAUACUUUGUUAAUUAAGAUAUAAAUCUCAGUUUACUGUUUUCUAUAUUUUUAUUUUUGUUACUGCUUUACCACGCAAAAUAGGCGCUCUGAAGUUGUCGAGUUGCGGAUAGUAGCCCGUGAUAACUUAUUACUUACUGCUAUGACCACAGUUUCCAAAUUUUUUUACGAUUGGUUACGUUGAUGUAGCCUAUAUACCAAGAUUUACGAAAGAUACUUCAUUGUUGGCUCAGUGAAAGAACGCUCGGAGGGAACCCGAAAGGUCGUGGGUUCGAGUCCCGCAUCGUUCGUAAAUUUUGGUUAUAAAUUUAAUUUGAUUGGUUGAGUCAAAACAAAGAGCAGGAAAUAGUCGAGAAUGAAACCCUGAUUAUUGAGAUUUUUACUUUUAAUUUUUAGUUGGAGCCGCAGUUGUCCUUAUAGCAUUAGCGCGACAUAAAUAUUAAUUUAUAAUUGUUAAAUCUGACUCGUAGUUUAUUUUUUUUUCCCUCAUACAUUUGCCACAAUUGAAUUCUUCAGGUUUAAUAGUUUUUCACACUGACCUCUAUAAAUACCACUGGGCAGGCUGUUACAUAUGUUUAACAGCCAAUUCCAUGCGCCUAUUUGAAGCGCCACUCGCGAGCGUCCAGAGAACUAAUUUUGACGUAUAAUAGAAAUGGCUGCGUUCGUGCGACGUUCCUUACGUACAAUACUCUGAAGUAUUUUUGCAUUUUGAAUUAAUUUCGUUCGUUUUCCAUGUUAUGUAUACUUCAAGAAUCAACGUUUUAAAGUAUACAUUUUUUUUCGUAAAUACUUUCCCACCAUGUAAUAUCGAUGUUUGCUGAGGUUGUCAUCACUAGUUUUAGUACUGCAGACUCUCACUACAUGGCCAACUGCGCCAAAAUGGCGAAUAUCACACAGGCACAAAAGCACUUUGACAGCCGCCAGUCCAGUGGUAUAUAGUAGAGGCCAGUGGUUAUUUAUAUAUAAUGGCUUUACUGGUUGUUUUCACGUGGCAUCUAUCACAAUAUUCUAAUAAUAAGUGUACCUUUACACUGGCUUAUAAGAAUUUCAUGGUUCUGAUCUGAAUUAACAUAUUUUAUUCUUCGUGUAAUUCUUUCAUAAUUUUUAAGUUAAAUAUAAAAAUGCUGUUUGUGCUGUAAGAUACUCUCAUUAACGUUUUGUAAAUUAAACUAAAAAUAAACUAAAUAUGAAGAAUGUGCCUUGAACAUAAAAUAUAUGUUUGAUAGAAUUUGUUCGAGAAUUAUUUUCUGAAUGAUGAGCCUAGUCUUCAGUUUCAGAGUAUUAUUAAAUAAUAUUCCCAUCGUUAUUAUUUAUAAUAAUAUAACCCUCUAAUUUAUUUUCAGUAUCUACAUGAUUAUGUGACGAACGUGUGACACUUAACAGAGUGUGAACUAUGAUUUGAUUUGUAUUACAAUAUUUCAUAAUUAUAGUUUAUUUCUAUUGAAUAAAUGUAUUCUUCUUAA